GGACAAUAUUGAAGAUCUCAACAUUUUAUUAUUGAAAAUCAGAGAGUGCAAAGAUUUAUCAAUCAUGUUAGAUUGUAGAUAACAUUGCAGUUAAACUAUAUUUAAUGACUAUUUUCAGAAAAAGGAUAUUUCAAUGUUACAAGAUAAUUUGAAACCGUUCCUCACCGUUACUGAAAAAAUGACUGUCAAUAUAACCUUAUUUUCUGAAAAAGUUGAUCAAAAUUUUCAGAAAAUGAUCUGUCAAUGUUACCAACUGAAACCGAAAAUCAGCUGGUCUACCUGCUACUGUUAAAGUGGUUAAGUAUCAAUUAUUAAUAAGCCGCCGGUGGAUAGGUUGGAAAGAAAAGGUAAGAAAUGGUCUCAGUAGAGAAAGACGCAAUGAAAUCAAAAGUCCUUUUGCAAUUCCUUAAUAGCUUGAGAAAACGAGGUUGUUAAACAAUUCUUACAAUGGGUGUCCGUGGCUUGAGGUCAUUUAUACGUGAAAAACGGGACAAGUUUCUAAUCGAUUUCAAACUGCAAAAUACCAAGUUAAUAAUUGAUGGUUCGAAUUUGCUUUACUUUCUUCAUUUACACUAUGAAGAUGAAAAUGUGUAUGGUGGAAAUUAUGACCACUUUUCCAAAAGAUGUAAAGACUUUUUCAAAACUUUAUUAAAAUGUAACAUUACACCAGUUGUCGUUUUUGACGGAGCGGACGAUCCGGAUAAUAUGAAAUUAGACACAAUUUUGAAACGCUUGGACGAGCAUUUUAAAAAAGUCAAUAAGUGGCAAAAGACGGAAGAACUACUGCCAAUUCUAUCAAAAAUAACUUUAUGCCAGAUUCUCGAGGAACUGAGUAUUCCACACAUGGCCUGUGUGUAUGAGGCUGAUAAAGAAAUUGCAGUUCUAGCGAAUAAAUAUGAAUGUCCAGUCUUGAGCGACGACAGCGAUUUCUACGUAUAUAGUUUAAACAUGGGUUCGAUAUCAAUGGCAUGUAUGGUUGAAUCAGAACGGCGUGAUUUAGCUGGCAGAUUUUACUUACCAGUCAAGCUUUACAAACGCAAACUUGUCUUAAAGGAAGUGUUCCAUAUGGAAAAUGAUGAAUAUAUGUUUCCAGUCUUCGCAACAUUGGUAGGAAAUGAUAUUUUUGAUCCAUCAAAUAUUACACUCUCUAAUCCGAAAAAUCCACGUGACAAGUUAAGCUGUGCCACUAGAAAUUUACGUAAACUCCUAGAGUGGAUUUGUACAGUUGGGUUUGAAAGUGGAGAAAUAGCACUUGACCACAUUUCUAGACAGAUGUCUCAAGAAGAAAGAAAGCAAUUCCAAACGUCUGUCCAUUCAUAUCUAGCCAUCGCUGAAUUUUCCAUUUUUGAUUUAGAAGCAUUUCUUAAAAAUAGUCAAAUUGGAAAUAUUGAGCAUCCCCGUGACGAAGCUGAUAGUCCUAGUGAAUGUGUGAGUGAAAACCAAAAUGAUAGUUCAGGCGGUACUAGACAAUGUAUGACAGCGAACCAGCGGGAACCUUUGGACAUUGGUAGUGUCGCUCCAAGUGUGGCGGCAAUAAAGCUGGAAUCUUCAGAUGACGAUAGUGCUAUUGCGUGUGAGACGGUAGAUCAGCACGAGUGUUUGGACAAUAAUGAUGCCAUCUCAAAUGUGGUAAACAGGCUUGAGUCUUCACAUAAUACUUGUGCUAUUGCAUGUGAGACGAUAUAUCAGCGGGAGCUUUUGGACAUUGAUAGUACCACACCAAGUGUGACGGCAAACAAGCCUGAGACUUCGAAAGCUACUAAUGUUAUUGCACAUGAAACAGCAGAUCAGGGGAAUCCUUUAGAAGAUAACAGAGACAAAAGGCAUCAGACGGUAAAGCAGCAGGAACCUUUAGAAGAUAACAUUGGCAACACGCAUCUGACGACAAACCAGCUGGAGCCUUUAUUUGACAAAAUUACAAGUGCACGUACACCAGCAAACCCAUGUGAGCAUGUAUGUGAUAACGUUUCUAGUACAUAUUUGAUUGCAAACCAUCGCAAGUCAGUGCAUGAAAACAAUAUGGGGCUAUUCCCGCAUGAGCCUUCUGAAGUAAAAGAUACAGGUACAUUCGAUACAAACGUACGUGUUCACGCAGCUGAAGAAACGUCUGAGGUCCAACGUAUUGAACUGAAAGACCGUAAUGGAAACCAAUUGCCGUCUUGGUUUGUAAACAGUGUUAUCAAAUGUAAAAUGGACUGUUCGUUCAUACUUAACGUUGCAGAAAAUCACAGACUAAUAUUCAAAGCACAGGCUGAAAUGCAUGAACUGCCGUCUUCUUUUAAUUGUUCGGAGGGCAUACGACGUGUAAUAUAUAGACUAGUUUUGGACCCCGAAAAGCAAUUCAAACACAAAAAACAAAGAAGUGUGAUUAGAGAAUACCAUAGAAGAAGUACAGAACGUUCACAUGUUAAACCUAUCGAAAGACUGCAAUGCAUUCCGGAGCUCCCGUGCCUUGAAACCAUUCCAUUGCUUUCAGAUAGUGAACGAAAAAACAUCGUGUAUGCUACGUUAGGAGCUAUGCCCGCGCUGCUUGAUAAAGAGGUGGAUGAGACCUCACAAAUACUUAUUAUUAUGCUUAGCCUAUGGAAAGCAAAUUCUCGAGCUUCAAAAUGUCAUCUAAAUAGCUUGAUAAUAGGUAUUUUUGCACUUCACAUGUUCAACCCGACAGGAUAUGUAUCAUGUCCCGACAUUUUGGAUGCGAUUGAGGCUACGAGCAGACAUAGCAUUGAUGAUUUUAAAAAACGCAUGGAAAAGCAUUUCUGCAAGCAUGAUUAUUUGGCUAGACAUGGCAUAAACAAAGUAUUUAUACAUAAAGUGUCACAGUUCCAGGCUGUCUUUCUUCACACAUAUCACUUAAAUCAGCUGCUUCUUAGAUCCGUGCGUAUGCCAAGUCCCGGCGUGGUACUCAACAGUACAUUUGAUUACAGCAUGUGUCAUUUACUUGAAAAUAACGUGCAGCCUAAGAAUAUUCUGUGCGGAGAAGAAUCCUCCCUUUAUUGCUUGUUCAAAAAGUGGAAAAACUCAAUAGAGGACAGAUGUAAGGGCUUUGCUCGGUAAUAAAUGUGAGCGCUGAUUGCUGCAAAAAAAUGUGACAAUUCAUGCAGAAGACGUUGAAUUAUACAUAAAUGUAUAAAACAGAAUGACUAAGUACAGAUGUAAAGUAGUGGCAAUGACUGUGUCUUCUUUUGCAAGCACUAUUCUCUUCUGACUGAAAAUAUUGAUAUAUAAAAUAUUAAAUUUUGAACAAAACGCAUUGACAGCUGAAAGGAAGAAAACAUGUUACGAAGAAAAUUAGUCCUAAAGUUCUACAUAAAACAAUUUUAAGCAAAGAUCGCAGACCCUUGCAACUGUGUAUGUACGAAUACAGAAAUGAUUAACAUUUGCAAAAUAACUAAAAUAAAACAGUUACACAACGACAAAGCAAACAAACAAGGGAAAUUAAAGAGGGAAGCGAUGUCUAGUGCUAAAUAACCCAGGCGACGUGGGUUCGAGCCCAACUGGAGUCACGACAACACCUUUUCAUAAGACAGCAGCGCUUGGUUUUCCAGGAAGCAGACUCGAAGAGUUGAUACAAUUAACUUGAAGUUUUUAUCCCAGUCGAACUAAAACAAAGUUGAUAUAAAAUGAAUAAAGGGCCGCUUUGAAACAGGUCAUUAUAUCAUAAAUGAACAAAACAUUUCUCAUCCAUGUUAACUGAAUAAGUCAUAAGCGUCUACCUUUACGUCCAGUUUGAACGAAAACAUUAAUUAAAGAUGGGCUUUUUUAUUUUCUAGUCUUUUAGUUUAUGCAACCGACAAGACAGUAGCUAUAGACGAAUUCACAAGGCAUAAACGGUACGAAAAAGACACUCUAUAUUCCUGGUAUGAACAUCUCGGAAAUGACGUACAAGCACAGGGGCUAUAAUUAACUGGCUUUGUUUACGUCAAUAGCUGAAUAACCAUCAAUUUAACAGAUCUGAGUGUCAGACGAAAUAAGUAAUUGCUUUUAUUUCAUAAGAUUUCGGAUGGAUAUCGCAGCUGUCUUUCAGGUUGUCUAUCAGUUACAAACCAAUUUUAAGUAUAAUGACAUCAAAUAACAUCACAUUCUUCUGUCAUGUUUCAAAUAUAUUUCUGCAAGUUCUGACGGAGGCACAAGUCAUGUUAUGUCGUAGUGAAGGUGCAUAUCUAUGAUGAGUAAAUGUUCGUAAAAGAAGGUAUAAUUACAUGUAUAUAUGUGCUUGUGUGCCUACUUUUCUCAUAUGUUAUGAUAAAUGUAUAUAAUCGUUAUGUAAACUGGUUCAUUAAAAAUGUGUAUGCAUAUUUGUACAUAAGCGAUUGUGCAGAUUGGUAUUGUGUGUUGGAAUCCUUAUUCAUAACAUCUGACAUAUCGCUUCAAAUUUAGACUGUGUAUGUGGUAGUUCCAGUCUGUGACUCUAGUUUCCGGAUAGUAAUGAAAGUAUGUUUGUGCCUCGGAAGGAAUUUACCAAAAAAUGGUUCUCUAGGUUACUGGAAAUAAAUUUACCUGUAGACAAAAUAAUGCAAAAUGCUGCUUUAUUAUAUUUAUUGCAUUUGUAAUAUAACUGAUGAACUAUUCAACUUUAAUAUUAUUAUGCAUAUAUAUGUAUUUGCGUUUAGAUAUUUAACAUAUUUUUAUGUCAUUCAUAAAAUAAAUUUUGAAAAAUG